CAUACAACGUGAGUUUGCGCCUUCAGGUUACGUCGGACGUAAACAUUACCGGUAGCCAUGGAGGGCAGUAGAUGGCCGCAUAGCUAAUGCUAACGCUGGCGCCGUGGGAAAUGCGGGCAUGUCGGGGGUGUUUGAACCGCGGCCCCCUUUCCUAAAAAUAAUCUCUGUAUUUUGGCAGGGACUGCUUCUCUGAAGCACAGUCUGCGGUGCGGUCAUUGACUGUCGCCUGUGCUAAGUUAUAAAGUUAAAGUGAAAACCCACCUUUCUGGUGUUAGUGCCAAUUUCCGUCUUCUGCCAUGGAACAUAAUAACAGCCUACCGCCCUUCGCCCAGGGACUGGCCUCUCCGCAGGGUGCCAUGACGCCAGGCAUUCCCAUAUUCAGCCCUAUGAUGCCCUAUGGCACGGGGCUCACCCCCCAGCCUGUCCAGAACACCAACAGCCUCUCCCUGCUGGAGGAGCAGCAGCAACGGCAGCAGCAGCAACAGCAGCAGGUGUCGUCCCAACAAUCUGGUGCCGCCCCAGGGAGCUCGGGGCAGACCCCCCAGCUGUAUCACUCUCAGACAGUUAUGACCACCACUGCACUGCCUGGAAACACCCCCCAGUAUAGCACCCCACUCACGCCUAUGACCCCUGUCACCCCAGCCACGCCUGCCUCCGAGAGCUCUGGGAUCGUCCCCCAGUUGCAAAAUAUUGUGUCGACUGUAAAUUUGGGCUGUAAACUGGAUCUUAAAACAAUAGCACUGCGUGCCAGAAAUGCUGAAUACAACCCGAAGCGUUUUGCUGCUGUUAUAAUGAGAAUACGAGAACCUCGGACGACGGCCCUUAUCUUCAGCUCAGGGAAGAUGGUGUGCACUGGCGCCAAAAGUGAGGAGCAGUCACGUCUGGCAGCCAGGAAGUACGCCCGUGUUGUACAGAAGCUGGGUUUCCCUGCCAAGUUUUUGGACUUCAAGAUCCAGAAUAUGGUGGGAAGUUGUGAUGUCAAGUUCCCCAUCCGGCUGGAGGGCCUGGUGCUUACACACCAGCAGUUUAGCAGCUAUGAACCUGAAUUGUUCCCAGGGUUAAUCUACAGAAUGAUCAAGCCCCGCAUUGUCCUUUUAAUAUUUGUUUCUGGUAAAGUUGUGCUAACAGGUGCCAAGGUCAGAGCAGAAAUCUAUGAAGCUUUUGAGAACAUCUAUCCUAUUUUGAAAGGGUUCAGGAAGACCACAUAAUCUGCUGGGCACUGGACUGUUACUUCUCAUCGCAAUGAACUUGCAUUGUGCUUUUUCUGGUCCCGUGGACUUCAAAUGGGCAUGUGGGGGACCUGAAGUAUGAGGUUACCAAUCCAUCCUGUUUGGCUUCAUGGCGUUUCAUUUCUUGGGAGACUUGUUUUUUUUUUGAUUUUAAAUGUCUAUUGGACCCAGAAAAUGUGGUUCGACAUUUCCCCCCCUCCUUGGAAGGCUUUUUGUUUUUAAUUUAGCCUACAAUUUUAGGUGUAGAGUUCAUUACAUUUUUAUUCACCAGGCAUUUUAGAUCAGUGCCCCCCCCCCACAUUCCUUUAUUAGUGGAAAUAUUUUGAAUGUUUCAAAGAAUUUUUCUGCAAAUGUACAUGUCUAAUUUUUAUACAAGUUAAACUGUUUCUCAAAGCACCGUUAAACUUUGCUGCAGCCUAUCUGUAUUAUGCAAUCAGUUUUGCCCUUAAUUUGCAUCAACAUCAUAAAUGUGAAGUGAAAUGCAUAAACAUUCAAGGUAAGUUGAACCAAAUGUCCUAUGCAAUUUGCAUAUAGUCAACUUUCCAAAAAUUGUUUUAAGAGCUAAAGCGAUAGUUGUUUAAAACCUGACUUUUCAAUUUUAAUGUGUUGUGCAGCAUCCAGGGGUUGAUUUUAAUUGCCCCUGCUAAUCAAACAUCCCUUAGAGGUACUGGGUCUUUCACAACACACUCUCCUUCAAUUGCUGCAACUGCUUUCAUUUUAGUUUCCGAUGUGUCUGUGACUUCAGUGCUGUACAUAAAUGUUACCUUCCUAGGUCACCUGUGUAUGUGCUUUCUGUCCAGCUAGCAUAAGUUUGCUGUACACUGACAUAAGCCACUGUUCACUGAAAUGAAGAUGAAUAAAUACUUUGAAGGUCUUUA